UUGGUUACUAUCAAUAGUACCACUGUGAAGUUUUGUUGCCGAUUUAUCUACUAUAGUCGUACACCGAGACAUAUCGUUUCUCUUGAUAAUUAACAUGGCUAGACCGGUAGUGGUACUUAUAGCCAUAUUGGCAUAUUGUAUUAUAGAAAUAUCGUGUUAUAAACUCAUAAAACCAACAUAUCGACCGCCAAGAACUAGAAGACCUGUAAUAAGGUGGGCUCGAGAUAUCGAAUUCGUUAAAACUAUUGGGGAAUCUAAAGAACUGUACAACGAAGAUGUAAGUAGGUUUACUGACCGUCCUCACCUUGGUGAUGAAGAGAACCAUAACGAAACUCCUUUGAAUAAGGAACCAGUACACGGUGAUCAAAGCUCAGAUGACCAAGAUAGAAGACCCGUAAAGGAAUCUGAUACAGAUCAUAAGAAGGAUGAAGAAGAUGGUGACCAUUUAAAAAGAUCUGUGCGUAGUGUGAACACAGCAGGCGCAAAGCGUGUUUUGGGCAGACCAGGAGACAAAAAUCCGCGAUCCAAAUGGAGUAAAAUUGUCCAUAGAGAUUAUGUUCCACGACAGAAAAGAGCAGUUGACUCUGGCACACGUCUUCCGAAACCUUAUUACAAUCCUUUGAAUCCGAGAACUUGGCGUCCUAUCGGUAUACCUUCUCCUAUUUUUGUAAACCGUGAACGACUCUAUAAUUUCUGAGCAAUUUAUUAUUUAUGUUCAUUAUUUUUUGCUACAGUAUUGUAGCCAUUUCAAAACAUUACUA